GUGCCAAAAAAAAAAAAGUGCUUAAGAGUCCUAGGGUGAUGAGGCUAUUUUUGUUUGAAGCUGAUACUUCUAGCUGAGCCACAAGUGCUGCUUGGAAGGGCUUAGGUUGUUUCCAGGGGGAGAACUCUGCAGAGAAGAGGCAAAGUUCAACAGGACAACAAAGAAGCAGCAGAAACAGCCAGGAAAACGAAGAGCCCUCACGUUUAAACACACAACCCUCUAUCAGAGUUCUCGAAUCUGAAAAUAUUCUGCAAAGUGCUACUUGACGGGAACUUUUCACCUGACUUUUACUUUCUACGACCACCAUGACUGAGAUCACUGCUGAAGGAAAUGCAUCUACAAUCACGACUGUGAUAGACAGCAAGAAUGGAUCUGUGCCCAAAUCCCCUGGAAAAGUGCUGAAGAGAACAGUCACAGAAGACAUAGUGACGACAUUCAGCUCCCCUGCAGCCUGGCUUCUGGUCAUUGCUCUGAUAAUCACAUGGUCAGCUGUUGCCGUUGUUAUGUUUGAUUUAGUGGAUUACAAAAACUUUUCAGCAAGCUCUAUUGCCAAGAUUGGCUCAGAUCCUCUAAAACUCGUACAUGAUGCUGUGGAGGAAACCACAGACUGGAUCUAUGGAUUAUUUUCUUUGUUGUCUGAUAUCAUCUCAUCUGAAGGUGACGAAGAAGAUGAUGAUGGGGAUGAGGACACUGAUAAAGGAGAAAUAGAGGAGCCUCCCUUUAAAAAAAAAGAAAUACGCAAAGAGAAGACUGAAAAGCAGGAGAAACCUGAAAAGAAAAUACAAACUAAAGUUACACACAGAGAAAAAGAAAAAGAUAAAGAAAAAGUAAAAGAAAAAGACAAAGAAAAAGUAAAAGAAAAAACUGAAAAGAAAGCAACUCACAAGGAAAAAACUGAGAAAAAAGAAAAACCAGAAACAAAGACAGUGACAAAAGAAGAGAAGAAAACUAGGUCUGAAGAAAAGACUAAAAAGGAAGUAAAAGGUGGGAAACAAGAGAAAGCGAAGCCAACAGCUGCAAAAGUGAAAGAAGUACAGAAGCCCCCAUCUAAACCCAAGGAGAAGGAGGACAGAGAGGCAGGAGCUGUGUCAAAGCAUGAACAGAAAGGACAAAGUCCAGCCGUACCCCCUCCAUUACCGACAGAGCAAGCUUCCAGACCUACUCUGGUAUCACCUACUCUUGAAGAAAAAGAAGGAGAAAAGAAGAAAGCUGAGAAGAAUGUUACUUCUGUAACAAAAAAGAAAGGUAAGGAAUUCAAAAACCAUCUACCACGUAAAUCCAUUAAAUUAGUAUCUUUUUUUUUCUUUGUUCCUUAAAGAGUAUGGAAGAUC